AUGGCCGACAACUUUAGUCAAUCCUUGACCCCACCGGUGUCCCCCUUCGCCGCGGACAGCCUGUGUGAGCUCCCCCCAUCACAACCACCAUGCUUUUGCUGUGCAGAGUCCAAAGAGGAACCAGCAGGGACGCUCCCCGCUGAUGGAUACAUUGCUAGAGGCGCGUUGAAGAGGCUUUUGCUGCGCCUGGACCCUGCACCUUCAGAAUAUGAGACAGACAUUGUUGAGAUAUUUGGUUUUCCCUGGGUCACAGAGAUGGCUCUUGUAGAAUCAACAAAGCUUCUAUUUGGCCUUUUUAGACAAAAGAUUUACAAGCUAGAGACUUUAGUGCAGUCCAGCUCUCGGGAUUUUGGUCAAGUUGGAAGUCUCCACUAUGAGGCAGAAGACAUAAAACUACAAUGUGUAACAUUUCUCCAGUAUAUCAAAGUAUAUUUGCAUAGAUAUCUAAUACCCUCUAGUGUUCUUGAUGGAGGAUCUUCUCACCCUUUUGAAGAGUUGGAGGUGCAGUUCCCUUCCGUUCUCCUUGAAGAACUUUUAGGAGUCACACUCCUCAUAGGACGUCUCAAAGACCUCCCAGCCAACAUACAAAGUGCCUUCACCAUACAGAACCAUGGAAAGAUCAAUCCUCCCUCUUGGCAUUUGUUGCACCUUCAUCUUGAUAUUCAUUGGUCUAUACUUGAAAUUCUUCAUAUGCUUGGCCUCAAAAUGCAAGGCCAGGUGGUUUACGCCCACCAGUUUGUGAACCUGACAGGAGAAAACCUGACUGAUGCCAGCCUGUUUGAAGAGCACCUGUGCUCUCUGCUGUGUGACCUCACUGGUCUGGCCAUGGGCAAAUACAGCAAGGUGCGACCCACAGAGGCUCUCACCAUCCAACAUUACCCAUGCUCCUGCAUUAAAGAGCUGUGGAUUCUAAUUAUUCAUCUUCUUGAAAACAGAAGUAAAGUUUUGCACACACAGUCUUUCUGGAGCUACAUGAACUCAUUGUUGAGGCCCCUUGUUUGUGGAAAACCAGCACCAGAGCAGUUCAGUGGGAUGCCCACACACUGUAAAGAUCCUCUGGGAUUUACUUGGUGGCUUGUUACACAUAUAGCAAUCUUGGGAAAAUACAAUCGCAGUGGGGCAAUUCAGGCUGAGCGCAUUGAAAACUGGACAUUAAUUGAGGAAUUACUGAAGAUCACCUGUAAUCCAAAGGGGAAUCUUGCAGAGGAACAGGUCCGGAUGCAUGUUCAUUUCUGUCUCUCUGUGUGUAUGCUGUGGGAUCCGAGCACUGUUGCUGUGUCUACCCUUUGGGACUACUACAGCAAAAACCUUAAUGGCUCUUUCACUGUGCCCUGGCUUGGAGUUGCUGGUCUUGGCACACUGUGUAAGUCACCCCUGGCUCUGCUGGAUCAGGCCCGGAGCUGCUCUAGUCCAUCUCCUCUCCAUUCUCCAGGACACACACAGCUUUAUCGCACAGCCAACUCAUUCCAUAUCUUCCUCCGAAUUUUGGCCCUGUGUCUCUCUCAGGACAGAGCAGGCGGAGUGCCACAAAGGCAGAUAAAAGGAAGAAUUUAUUCCAAGUUUUCCUCAAAGAAGAUGCAGGAGAUGUCUGAGGCUGGUCUCAUGAACUUCUUGUUGCUGUUUAUUGUGGUGGCGAGACAAGUGGAGCUGGAGGAUGUUGCUGGAAGAGCAUGUGAGCUGCUCGGCUUCCUUCCAUCUAACUGUCCCCCUGGCCAUCGCACCCUGAUCUGGAGAGGACAGCUGACGCUACUGCUGUUGUUUCAGGAGAGAGGGCUUGACGUUGGUGCCCAGGCCAGUUGGCUUGCCUCGUCUUUUAAUGAGAUCGCCAAAGAGUUCUACAAUAAAACAACAGAGAUGUCCCGUAAACUGGCCCUGUGGGGUCCUUUGGGCUCAUACCUGGAGGGAGUGGCAGAGGUGUUUGAGACCAGCACCAGUCUGAGCCUCUCGGAGGAGAAACUGCUUAAUGAAGGCUUCGACUGGUUACUGCCUGCGUGCCGCCAAUCAGACUUAAAUUCUGCCCUUGGCUUUCUGCAGACGGUCCUCGCCCAGCUCAGGCGAGUCCAUCAGCCCAGUGUCCAUUUAACACCUACCCUGACCCGGGCUCCUGGUAAUGCCAGUAUGGGUAAAGAGCGCCACCUAGCGGUCGCAUCUGCUCUCUGGGCCCACUUCUACCCCUUUCUACGUGGGCUGCGCCUCUCCCAGACCCCUCCAGCACAACUAGCAGAUGCAGCUGCAGGUUUUACGUUACUGGCCUUUGAUCUCCCUGGCACUGCCCCCCAGGACCUGCAACCUCAUCCAGUCCAGUCCAUCAUGCAGUGCUUUGGCUGGGACGACAUGAUUCACCCGUUUUUAGUUACCCGCUACCUACCCCACAUUCUCCAAAACAGUGAGAUUGUAGCAUCUCUGAGCAGUGGAUCCAGCCCUGGUUCAUCUGGUUCAGGUGUUAGUUUGUCAGUGAGAGCCUGGUUUCGCUGUGUCCUGCAACGACAUCUGCACAAAAACCAAGAUGGGACUGACAACAAAACAGCCAGAGCAGUGGAGGAACAGCUGUGUGAGUUGACCCGACUUGUUCUAAGGCUGCCUGAAGUGGACAGCCUCCUGCAGAAGGCCGGACUACAGCCCACAGCCAACAAGAUGGAGCCUAAUGCAGCUUUUGAGCUCUUUGUGAAGUCUGUAGGUGUUGCGUAUAGCAGACUGCAGGUCCUCUCUGAGCGCUCAGCAAUGAUCACACGCGCUCUGGACUACAUGGGACAUAUAUUUAAACACAUCAAACCCUCUUUAGUCAGCAAAAAUCAGGAAGCUCUGCAGCUCACCUAUUGGGCCGUAGGCUGCAUAGUGAAGCACUGGAGCCCCCUGUUGGCCACAUCAAAGGCUCAGCAGUUGCUUUUCCGAAUAGUUGACGGACUGCUUCUUCCUCACAAUGUCACACAACAAGACAAGGCACUAAGAGACAGCCUGCCACUGUUCUUGCAGGGUUUGUCUGUGGCCUCCAGUGUGUCCCAGUCACAGGGGGCUUACCUCAAACAGCAGCUGCGUAACGUUACACGCAGGUACUUGGACCAUUUCCUCCCCUCGUCCCCGUCUCUGGGAGCCAUCGCCAACCACCCGGUGCUGCUCAGUGCAUGCGAGUCCAGCCCCACCCCCCCAGGAGUGGUGCUGCGGAGGACCAUUCUGGAAGUCCUUUGUGAAAGUUUUCUUCAAUUCAAAGGUUAUGCACCGCCUCCACGGUUGGCGUCAGUUUUGAUGUUUCUUUGGGAACUUUUGAGACGAAACAAAGACACAGACCCAGCACUGCUAUCGCUUCCCUUGCCCUCUAUUCUACACAGUUUGAUGCUUGUUAAUGAAGUGAGAACGACGAGCACAGAUGCCUUACAGCUUGUAGUGGAGCGCUGUGCUUCUGCAUCUGCAGAGGGACCGUGUGAGCAGAUGAUCACUGUCUUACGGGCGUUUGUGAAAGAGAACGAGGGGGUCUAUGACCGGCAGCUCUACGGCGUCCUGGAAACUGUGGCCGUCUUAGACCCUGCUUUGGUUGGAGCGCUCAUCCCUACUCUGUCUGCGAGUCUGAGAAACACUGAACACAAGCGAGGACUGGGAAGGAACACCACUCUGAGGAGCGCCUAUAAGAAGUUGCUGUGUCUUCUCGGGGAAAGUGGGCAAGCGGAAUUAAUAAGCCUGGAAGAGGACUGA